ACGAGGAGCGGGGCAAGCGGGGACGCGAUGGCCGAGUCCCCGACGGACAGCGCCACGCUGCCCGACGCCAACGACGACAAGCGCUCAACAAAAAGCGCCGGCAACGCCAAGGGCAUCGUGCACUUGGAAUACGUCGCGCCGGACGUGGACACCCUAGACAUCACGCAAUUGUCCUUCGAGUUCAUAAGCGCGGAGCGCUGCGCGAAGGAGACGGGCGGCGUUGACGCGCCAGAAACAAACGCGCGGGCUGUUACAAGAUUAGUAGGAGCGUACAUCCCCGCGGUUGAUGGGCCGACCUAUAUGAGGAGCGGCGAUUAUUCCGCGAUCGCUCUGACAGCCCCUUCAAAAAUAAAUGGAAAUGGUGUUGUGGUAGGCGGCUGCGUGUUUAGACCACAAGCCCAUGCUUUUAGGGGAGGCACGUGCCGCUUCAUCGAGCUCGCUCUAUUUGCGGUGGAGAACCUGUGCCAAGGUCGAUCCCUAGGAAGGCAAUUGAUGGCCUACCUCAAAAGGCAUGCGGUGGACAACUACCAGGCCCAAUCUAUAUUGACGUUCGCGGACUACAAGGCGUUCGCGUUUUUUAAGAGGGUAGGGUAUGAUCGAAGAAUCAAGACGCCGGCGGCGGUCUGGCGGGCGCACUGCGUCCACUACAACGGCGCGGCCGUCUGCGAGACGCGGCUCGAAGGUCUGGAGGAGGAGGAGCGGCGAAGGGGCAUGCCCCCCGUCCCAAAAGCAUGCCGGAUCAUCCCCUGCACGUCGGGCCAGCCGAACUGCUACUGUCGGAGCGGACGAACGCGGGCCAUCGCGCGCUACGACGGCGCGACGGGCGAAGAGCUCGCCGUCUACUGUGGCGCGGCUGAUGCCGCGCGCAAGUUAGGCCUGGCGGCGUGCUCCGUGACGCACGUCACCAAUGGUUUAGCUGAAUCGGCAGGUGGUCACCACUUCCGGUAUAUUAAUGAAGUGGCAUGGCUGAAUUCCGGUUCAAGGGCAGUGUUAGAACUAGCAAGGGACGGCAGCGUGAAGCACGAGCACCCGUCGUGCAACGCCGCGGCCAAUCGAUUAUUUGGGAAGAACACGCGGAAGAACGGUUCCAUAGGCGAGUGCUGCAACGGCUAUAUUGACCACGUCGACGGCCACGUCUUCCGCUGGGCGGAGCCGCGCAUUAACGGCUGCGACUACUGCGGGUCCGACGCCGACGCUGCUACCUUGUUAUUGUGUGAUGGUAUUGACGGGCGCUGCGGCGCGACGGCCCACGUCGCCUGCCUCGGCCUGACGGCGACGCCCACCGGCGACCAUUUUUGUGAUCGGUGCCAGGAACGACUGGACGCGGGCUGGUCGGCGACACAACCCGUUCCUAGAAAACUGCCGCGGGGCUACUUCAAGGAUAGGAGAGGCGUCACGCCCCAGCCCGUAUUAAGGGCGCGCGCCGAGGACGCGCAGCGCGCGCUCGACGCCGCGCGGCCCACGAAACCGCCGCCGCCGCCCAAACCAAUUGUCAUCGAGGGCCCGCGCCGGCGCAAGGCCACGAAGCGGUUGGGGGAAGACCCCGACGAGGUCGAGGCGCCUGUAAAAAGACGCGCGCCGAGCGCGCCGCGGCGGCCGCGCAAUUCGGCGCCGCGGCGGCCGCGGACGGCGAUCAAGCUCAAGGCCGUCUGCGCCGACGCCUUCUUGGAAAGCGGAACCCUCUGCGACCUCUGCGCGCGGCCGGACGGCCGCAUGGUCGCGUGCGCGUCGUGCCUCGGCCCGCGCGCGCACGUCGCGUGCCUGCCGGCGCCCGUCGACGGCCCCUGGACCUGCGGCGUCUGCACGGGCGACGCGCGGCUCGAGGCCGCCUGCGAGGCGCGGCCGCCGCCCGCGCCGUCGCCGAAGGCGUACGUGCCGCCGCGCGACGCCGCGAAGACGAUCGCGUCGUGCGUGUGCCGCGCCUGCAAGCGCGAGUUCCAGUCGCCGCAGGCGCGCGCGGCGCACCUCGGCGGCGCGCCGGCCUGCCGCGCGCUGCUGGGCCUGCCGCCGCUGCCGCCGUCGCAGUACGCGACCGCCGGCCCGUACCGCGGAAAGGCCGCGCCGCCGCCGCCGGCUGCCCCGCGGCCCGCCCCAGCGCCGGCGUCGGACUCAGAUGAAUCUGAUGGGGACGAGCCGCGGGUCCGGCACCGCGGCACGCGCACGCGGCCCCCCAAGCCCAAGCGGCCCGUGGCCGUGGUGUCGUUCGAGGAGGAGCCGUCGCCGAAGCGGCGGGCCUCUUCGGACCCGCUGUCGCCGGCGCCGGCCAUCGCGUUCGACUUCGCGGCGACCGGGGGCACGCUCGCGGCGCGGCCCUCGCCGCCCUCGCCCGCGCCGGCGCCGGCGCCGAGCAUCGCCGAGAUCCGGGCCGCGUACCAGCGGGAGCAGGCGGCGGCGGCGCGUCCCGUCGUGCCGCCGUCGCCGCCGUCGCCUGUGGCUUGGCCGGCACCGUCGCCGGCGCCGUCGCCGGCGCGCGCCGCUGCGUCGCCGGCGCCCGCGCCGUCGCCCUGGGCGAGCGGGCCCGACGUCGUGGCGACGACGUACCCGACGCUGCCGGCGCACCCGUCGCCAGAGCGGCCGGGCGCCGACGCGCCUAUCUCGCCGGCGACGAAGUCCCUCAUGUCCUUAGCCGCCGGCGGCGCCCGGGCCGCCGCGCCGCCGCCGGCGGCCUCGCCCGCGACGAAAGCGCUCCUCGCGCACGCCGGGGCCGCUCCAGCGCCGGCCGCGCGAGCAAGGUUCCCGGCCGCGCCGGCGCCUGCGCCCGCGCCGCGCGCUCCUGCUGUUCUGGCGCCGCCGCCGCCGCGGUCUCCGCCGCCACGAUCUGUGCCGGCCGCGCCGCCGCCGCGCGCUCCUGCUGCUCCGGCGCCAGCGCCGGCCGCUCGUGCUGUUCCAGCGCCGGCGCCGCGCGCUCCUGCUGUUCCGGCGCCGCCGCCGCGGCCGCCGCCGCCACGCGCGCCGCCGCCGCGAUCCGCGCCGCCGCCGAGGGCCGACAGCCUCCAGAGCCUGCCGCCGCCGCCCGCCGCGUCGCCGGCGCGCGCGCAGAAAAAGCUCUCGCCUUGCCGGCCGGGCGUGGAGGGACCAAAGUCCAUUUUCACCGCGCCCGCCGGACCGCGCCGCGCCGCCCCGGCGCCGGCGCCCGCUGCCGUCCCGGCCGAGUCGUCGUCGGAGUCGGACGCCGACGAGUCGCCCGCACAGCCGCGCGCGCCGCCGCCGAAGGCUCGCAAGCCCACGCCUGCGCCGAAGCACCGCGCGCACGACUUUGAGUUCGACGAGAGCAGCGGCGACGAGGCGUCGCCGCCGCCCUCGUCGCCGCCGCCGUCGCCGCCGGCCGCCGCAACACCUACGGCCGAGGACGUCGACGCGCUCGUCGCGCGCAACGCGCCGAUUGCGCGCACGGAGAAGCCUCGCCAGCGCGUCAAGCGGCCCGCGAGCGUCGAGGCGGCGACGACGGCGCGCGAGUACUUGGAGGGCGGCGGCAAGAAGCCGGACCUCAAGUACGACCUCAAGGGCGGCUACUUCCGCGUGGUGGACGCCGCGCCGGCGUCGCCCGCCGCCGAGGAGGCGGCGGCGCGGCGGUCGCGCGCGCGGACGGCGACGGACCGCUUCGACGGCGCGCCGACGGAGAUCCCGAGCGCGUCGCCGCGGGCCGCGCGCAAGCCCGCCGCCGCGGCGUCGCCCGCCGCCGAGGAGGCGCCGGCGCCGAAAAAGAAGCGCGGGCGGCCCCCGAAAUCGCCCGCUGCCGCCGACGAGGACGCCGCGCCCAAGAAGGGCGCGGCCCGCCGGUCGAGGCCGCCGGCGCGCAAGCCCGCCGCGGCGACGCCGCGGUCGCCGCCCAAGCCCAAGCAGGGCGCGCCGGCGUCGCCGCGGCCGUCGGACGUGCCCAACGGCUCGCUCAAGUACAACCAGGAGAACCCGAAGAAGAAGGGCUCCAAGAGCUGGUACCGCUACGAGUCCUACAAAACGGCGACGACCGUCGACGAGUACUUCCGCCGGCAGGGGACAAUCGGCGACCUGAAGUACGACUUCUCGAGGGGCUUCUUCAAGGCCCCGCCCGCGCUCGCGCGCUGGUGCGCCAGCAAAUAG